AUGGCUUUCUUCCGAAUUGGACUUCGCCGGGCCGUCGCGCAGCUGCCGCGGGCACCGCUCAUGAGGAAUGCGUGUGCGCCGCUGAAGCUCUCGGCCCCUCCACCCCGCGUCCUCCAGCUCGCGGCAGCUCCUCGAGCUUGCCGGAGCUACGCCUCGAUAGCACCUGGUGUGUCCAAGAUACCGGCUCAAUUUUUCAGCAGUGCUACUACGGAUGCCGCGAAAUCAGCCGCCCAAUCCGGUUCCUCUCAAGCCUCAGCGGACCCCUCGUCGUCACCCGGGACGAAUGCGAAGGUGGUGGGCUACUGGCUUGUGGGUAGCGCUUUGAGUGUCUUCGGCAUUGUGGUCUUUGGGGGCUUGACAAGGUUGACCGAAUCUGGGUUGAGCAUCACGGAAUGGAGACCGGUGACGGGAUCCCUACCGCCCAUGUCCGAGGAAGACUGGCAGUCCGAGUUUGACAAGUACCGUGCUUCCCCGGAGUUCAAGAUGAUCAAUUCGCACAUGGAUCUAGCUGAGUUCAAGAAGAUCUACUUCAUGGAGUGGACACAUCGUAUAUGGGGCCGUUUCGUUGGCCUCAGCUUUGUGCUACCAACGAUCUACUUCCUCGCUCGGCGGCGUGUGACGCCCAAGAUGGGCCUCAACUUGGUCGGUAUCUCAGCUCUGAUUGGUUUCCAAGGAUUCAUUGGUUGGUGGAUGGUCAAGUCCGGACUCAAGGACGACCUAUUCGCGCCUGGCUCUCACCCACGGGUGAGUCAAUACCGGUUGACCGCACAUCUCGCCACAGCUUUUGUUUGCUACGCCUGGAUGCUUGUUUCUGGGCUUGGUAUCCUCCGGACACACCGACUUCUCCGCGACCCAGAAGCUGCUGCUAAGACGUUCGCGGCGCUGAAAUCUCCAACACUCAGGGUCCUUCGCGGCUCCGUUACCGCGCUGACAGCCCUCAUUUUCACCACGGUCCUGUCCGGUGCCCUUGUCGCCGGCCUUGACGCCGGACUUAUCUACAACGAGUUCCCGAUGAUGGGCAAAGGGUUGACACCACCAAAGACCGAGCUGUUUGACAAGUUCUACAGCCGCAAGGCCGACAGUUCGGACCUGUGGUGGCGCAACAUGCUCGAAAAUCCUUCCCUGGUCCAGCUCGACCAUCGGAUCUUAGCCACCACUACAUUUACCGCUGUAGUAGCACUCUUCUUCUACAGCCGCACUGGUCGGAUCAAGGCUGCCAUGCCCAAGGACGUCAGGAAGGGCGUCACCGGGCUGCUGCACCUAGCCCUGCUCCAGGUCACGCUCGGUAUCACCACCUUGAUCUACAUGGUCCCGAUCCCGCUAGCUGCUGCCCACCAAGCCGGAGCUCUAGCGCUGCUGACUGGGGCUUUAGUCGCGGGCCACCGGCUGCGGGUGCCGAAAGCCACGCAGGCAUUGGUGCAGAGGGCUUUGCAGAACCGCUCCGGCUCCAGGCUUCAGGUCGGCGCAAUCAGCAAGAACCUCCCGAAGAGGGUAUAG